CGCGAGUCGGAUCGCGUCCGGUCGCAGGCGUGCGUGUGAAUCCGGUGAAUCACGCAUCGCGCGUGUGGACUUGUAGAGUGCGGACUGGCGCGUAGGACUGGAGUAGGGCGGACGAAGUGCGGCGCGAGGAACCACCGCGUGUCCGUUUUUGCCAAUGGUGGAACGAGACUGAGAACGAGGCAGGCAACAAUCGUGCGGGAAGGAUGCCGACAGCGAUGCACGAGGGUGACCAUGCUAGGGCGGCCGCCGCCGCCGCCGCCGCCGCCGUCGCCAACACCGUCGUCGACCAUGCCGAGGAGCACAGGCUGCGCACCGGGACCGACAGCUUCCCGAGCAUCAACGAGAGGCCGGUCGACGACAUCUCCCUCGAGUUCUUCUACAAACCGCACACGAUCACCCUGCUGCUCAUCUCCAUCGGCGCCGUUAUAUACUCGGUGUUCACCAGAAAUACCACCAAUGUGGAGGACAACAUGUGGGCGGGCAUGUUGUGCGUCGUCUUCUUCUUCCUCAUCGUAUCUGUCUUGACAUUCCCCAACGGUCCGUUCACGAGGCCCCAUCCCGUGGUGUGGCGGAUAGUAUUCGGCUGCAGCGUCCUCUAUCUGAUGGGCCUGCUGUUUCUGCUGUUCCAAAAUUACGAGACGGUCAGGAGGAUCCUGGUGUGGGUGGAUCCAGGCUUAGCUUCCUUCCACAUCGACAUGGACAAGGAGUACGGCGUCAACUGCUCGGACGUCACCGUGGAGAAGAUCUGGAAUCACCUGGACGUGUUCGCACUGGCCCACUUCCUCGGCUGGGCCUUCAAGGCCAUUCUGAUACGCCACCUCGGUAUCCUCUGGGCCAUCAGCAUCAUGUGGGAGGUGACGGAGAUUGCCUUUGCUCAUUUGUUGCCCAACUUUAUCGAGUGCUGGUGGGACGCGUUGAUUCUGGACGUUCUAGUGUGCAAUGGACUUGGUAUUUGGGUCGGCCUGAAGAUUUGCUCCAUAUUGGAGAUGAGGGAAUACAAGUGGGUCAGCAUUCGUGACAUCGAGAGCACCACUGGGAAGCUGAAGAGAGCAAUGUUGCAGUUUACUCCUGGCAGUUGGACAUCUGUCAGAUGGCUGGAUCCAACUUGCACGCACAUGCGACUGGUCGCUCUGUGCCAGCUAGUGAUAUUCUGGCAGGUCUCCGAGCUAAAUACGUUCUUCUUGAAGCACGUCUACGAGUUUCCGCCAUCCCAUCCGUUCGUCGUGGCCAGAUUAGUAUUGAUCGGCGUCAUAGUCGCGCCGUCCGUUAGGCAGUAUUACAUGUACGUGACUGAUCCGACGUGUAGUCGAGUGGGAACUCAAUGUUGGGUUUACGGAGCAAUCAUGGUGACAGAAGCUUUGCUGUGUAUACGCCAUGGCGCGGCCCUGUUUGAGCGCACUCAGGCUCUCAAUAUCCUCCUCUGGCUGCUAUGCCAGUCUCUAGUCUCCGUUCUCUGCGUCUACGGCUGCGUUUUGUGGCAUCAGUACUUUGAGACGGGAAAGAAAGCCACUAUAAGACGGUCUGUCUCCCAUUUGAACAAGUUUGACACGGAUGUAAGCGGGAAUAUGGCUCGUCGUACGAAAUCCGUGGAAGAGUUGGAUAAGAAGAAACUGUGAGAGAAAAAGUGAAGAGAACCGUUUGAUGGUGAACUGUGGACACUAAUUAUACUUUCUAGUCGAAUAGGGCAGUCGCGCGUAAGAGUGGGAUGGAUGAUGACGCGUGUGUGCGAUUGUUUUGAUUGACGUGGUAUGAGUGACCUCCAAAGCUGUUAUUACUUUUGUUCCUCAGAGUGAAUGGAGAGCGUUGUUAUUACCGGAACCGCGGACGCUCCAAUUUAGCGUACGGUCAAAGUUCGAUGUGAAUUCCGCGUAAGAGCUGUUUACCGAUUGCGUAUUCGUUCAGCAAUUACGUUGUUCGCGCUCUAUUUUCUCUCUAACGUUAGCUUAUAAUGUUAAUUGUGACGUUACCUCGCAAACGACACGCUUGCGGCAACGUGUUCAUCGCUUUUAAAACUUUUAAGACACACGUUUCUAUUGUACGUGAAAUGAGAAUCUCUUUAUACAUUGAGGAAUACAGAAG